UCCAAAUCGAUCACAUUGCAUUUCGGGUCCCUUUCUUCCCUCUUCUCAUAGACUUCGUUGCGCAUCGAUUAUUGCACAUUCCGAACGAUGUCCUCUUCUACCUCAGACCACUGCGAUUCCACUUCCAAGCUCCCGCUCAGACCCAUCCCCGGCGGCUAUGGCCUCCCCUUAUUCGGAGCCAUCGCAGACCGAUUCGAUUACUUCUACAACCAAGGCCGUGAAAAAUUCUUCUCCUCUCGGAUCCAGAAGUACAAAUCCACCGUGUUCCGGACCAACAUGCCGCCCGGCCCUUUCAACGCCUCCAAUCCGAAAGUCGUCGCCGUCCUCGACGCUGCUAGCUUCUCCAUCCUCUUCGACGUGUCGAAAGUCGAGAAGCGCGACGUCUUCACCGGAACUUACAUGCCGUCCACCGCCUUCACGGGCGGCUACCGCGUCUGCCCCUACCUCGAUCCCUCAGAGCCAAAGCACCAGCAGAUCAAGAGCUUUUUCUUCUCCCUGCUCUCAUCGCGGCACGACCAGGUGGUUCCGCUCCUCCGGAGCCACUUGUCGGAGCUGUUCCGGAAGCUGGAAGACAAGGUAUCUGACAAAGGGCAAGCGCCAUUCAAUUCCAUGAGCGACAACGAGCUCUUCAACUUCGUAUUUCGGUACUACUGUGGAAAAGACCCGGCCCAGACAAAUCUCGGGUCAUGUGGCUCCAAAUUAUUCGAUCUCUGGGUUCUCCCGCAGCUUCUUCCAGUGGGUUCUGCAGGUCUGCCAUGGUACUUUUUCCCCAUCAACGUGGUAGAAGACUUCCUGCUUCAUACGGUGCCGUUUCCCGGGUGGUCCUUAAAGUGGGACCACAACAAGCUUUACAAAGCCAUCGACUCAUCCGCCACGGAAGCACUCGGCCAAGCCCCGAGCUUCGGCCUCACCAGAGAAGAAGCCUGCAACAACAUCCUCUUCGUGCUGGGCUUCAACUCCUACGGUGGGGUCAAGAUAGUGGUCCCCACUCUGAUGAAGUGGGUGGGAUCAGCUGGUCCGGCCCUGCACAAGAGACUCGCCGAAGAAAUCAGGAGCGUGGUUAAACAAGAAGGCGGGGUCACCUUCAACGCGUUGGAGAAAAUGGCACUGGCCAAGUCGGUGGUGUGGGAGACGCUUAGAAUAGAACCUCCCGUACCGUACCAGUACGGGAAGGCGAAGCGAGAUUUGAUCAUAGAAAGCCACGAGGAAGCAUUUGAAGUGAAGAAAGGGGAAAUGAUAUUUGGGUUCCAACCAUUCGCGACCAAGGAUGGGAAGGUGUUUGAGGAUGCAGACAAGUUUGUGGGGGACAGGUUCGUGGGAGAAGGAGAGACGUUGCUCAGGUACGUGUAUUGGUCGAAUGGGAGAGAAACAGAGGAUCCCACCCCGGAGAACAAGCAGUGUCCGGGCAAGGAUCUUGUGGUGCUGAUGCUCAGGGUCAUUCUGGUGGAACUCUUCCUGCGAUACGAUACGUUUGAGGUGGAGAUUGGAACCCCCACGAUAGGCCCUACCGUUACCGUUAAGUCUUUGACUAAGGCCACGAACUCCUAAAACUUGUUACUUCAUUAACACCUUAGUAAAGUAAAAUAUAACUAAAAUAUAUAUAUAUAUAUAUAUAUAUUUUCACUUGCUUUGUCAAGUUAUUAAUGAAACUUGUAUUAUUUAAAUAUAUGCUUUCUUUUGGCUGGCUAGGCGGGGUUUGGAUUUGUAGUAAUUCUGGUCGUGUGCGUGUUAAUCUAGUUUGAGAUGGAACAGAUACUUCUUUGUAGUCAUUGUGACCACGUGAUGUGAUGUUUACUGUUUACGUUCA